CUCCUGGCACGCUCCGUCGGGAAUUGAGUAGGAUUUUGUCUAAUACCACGUGCUGCGUGAGUCCCAAUGUAAUGCCACAAUAGCAUCCCCAUUCUAACGAACUUGCAUCAAAACACGAGGUCCUUUAACCGUUCUCUCAGCUCUUGUUCAGCUCUGAGCGCCACAUGUAUUUCAUGGAGGGGUUUGUAGGAGCUCAGGAGGCAAGAUAUAUUAGUCUGGGCUGCGCCCGCUACCGUCUAUGUGAAGACUUAGUUUGAGUAACUUCAAACUUCAACUGACUUUUUACUUUCUCUUUGUUCACAAGUAAAUCAAUAGCAAUGCGUUCCUUCAGCAAAUUCAGUAAGAAGGCAGCCGAGAGCUUCUCCUCUUCGCCAGGUACUGGUUCUGAAGGAGCGGGAGAUCGUGAGCCAGGGACAAGUUCUCCUAGCAAAUUCAGCUUCCAGGGCUCGGCUUCUAUAACUAAGACUUUCACCAAUCUACGAGCUCCUGCUUCUCAAUCUCCAUCGCAACCCGGCGAUCAAGCGACUACUACAGGUACUCCGCAGCCAACGUACACGCCCUCUCCUCCUCCUCCUCCUGGUCCUCCGUCUUCUGAAUAUGUUGUCCCUCCAUCUCUUGCGCAAGCCAAUGCUCAAGCUGAAGGCCCCAGUAUUUCGGCAGGCCCAGUUGUACCCGCAGCACCUCUGCCUCCGAGUCACAGCAAUCUCGACAACACCUCUCCGACACCAACUAGUUUCGGUAUCAACACGAGUGAGACUACUAUCUCUAACGAGAGUGCUGCUCCCUCAUACCAUGAGAUCUCGCGAGAUUCGCCCAAUACCCCUUCUGAAAUCCCGGAAGAGCCUAGACGGCCAAAACUGGAAAGCAAAUCGACUGGUUUUAGUUUUACGUCAUUCAGAAAGUCCCCCAAACCGGAUCAAUAUUCAGAGAUAGAAUCUCCGAGCGAACGCUUAUUGCCAGCCAGCUCCACUACACCGAGUUCCUCAAAACGUACCGAGUCCCAGUACAAGCUAAGAGUACCCAAGACGCUGCGUAGUGUCGCCAAUCUUAGUGAGUUGGAGAUCGAUCUAAGCGGUGGUGACAUCAGCAUAGUGUCUGAAAGUAGGAUGAAGAAAAGGAGGGAUGGGCUCUGCACCGCUUGUUCAAAUAUUAACUUCGAGCAAUUCGUCUCCCCAGACUCUGUAUCCAAGGAGGGUGAGGGUGAUAAAUUCACUCGCAAGUUAAUCUUCCUGGACCGCAUUCUAAGGAAGAAGAAGAGAAAUAACUGCAAGUUUUGUUGUUUGCUCUUCGACGCCAUCGCUGAAAAUGAUCCGCUCCAACAUCCCGCAGUGAAAGAUCAUCUUCCCCAAGAGCUCGCUGGUAUGACUUUCAAAAAAUGGGCUGAGAGUCAAGACUGGACCCAGCUUGUACCGCUGUAUAAGUCGGCUUAUCCGUUUGGACGGAGCAAGGACAGUGUGAAGCUGCAGCAAGAGGUUCAUGGGGAGAGUGUUCUCGUCCAAGGGACUACCGAUACCGAUCAGCUGGCCUCUGAAGAUACUGCCAAGUAUGCGAGCGCGGCGGGAGUCGCAACUCUUAACGUUGCAAUGUGGAAUGAAACGGAUACAGAGCGUGUGAAGAUCAUGGCAACUGUUGGCACCGUCAUACCCACUGUCACGUCGCUGAUGACCAACCUCGACGCGAAGCUGCCAGUUGCUGUCUCCAUCAUCAUUCAUAAUGCGAACGAUGCAGAUGCGGGGCUUCUCAAUGUCGAUGUCUGGGGCUACGGAAACGCUUAUCGCGCACCGCUUUCUCGCAUUAGUACUUUCAAUCUUCGUAUCGCCUCUGGCUAUCAAUCUGGACCUGGCGGCAGUCUCAAUUAUGGGAAACUACUCCGACCACAGGUAGACGUCGAAGGAGACUGCAAGAGAUGGCUUGAGAACUGUUCUGGACAACACGGGCAGAAAUGCGACGAGCCAAGCUGGUGGAAUGAGUUGCCACCUCCAUCUGGGCCUCACUUCCGGCUCAUCGACGUCAACGGCAUGCGACUCGUCCAAAAAGACAUGACUGGGAACAAGAAGGACAGGCCGACAUACGCCGCGCUAUCAUACGUUUGGGGUGCUGCAGGGAAACAGUGCCUGAAUCUCCAUAUGCGAAAUCUGGAAGACCUUAGCUCUAGUUUGGAGGAACAACCACUACCAAUCGCGAAGACGAUUCGCGACGCCAUCGAAGUGACCAGGAGAAUGGGAUUGCCGUACCUUUGGGUGGACAGUCUUUGCAUCAUUCAAUAUGACGAGAGAGGUGAAGACGGUCCGGAAGCGCGGGCUUCGCAAAUCGAGCAAAUGGACAGGAUAUACGGCCAUGCUGCUAUAACAAUUGUUGCGGCAGAGGGGCUGGAUGCCGAAGCUGGACUCCCUGGUAUUUCAUCCCAGCCGCCCCGGAAUCAGAUUGCCGAAGCGGUGCAGCCGAACCUGGGUAUCAAUGUUCUGCUGGCAGUGCAAUACAAGAAUGCCUACGGCAAGUGGGACACGAGAGCAUGGACGCUCCAAGAGAAGCUGCUUUCGAAGAGGAUGCUCAUAUUCAACGGAGGCUACGUUAGCUUCCAUUGCCGACACAGUGUGUUGCGAGAAGAUAUGCCCGCCUGCCAUGCCGGCAAUGGCCCUGCUCAAAUUCCCUGGCUUUCGUUGCCAGACAAGAAGCCCACAUCCAUGAUCAAACGCGCUUGGGACGGUACUCCAGUACUACUACGCUCCCCCUUCUUCAGCGAAUACGCAAAUCUCCUCGCGCAGUACACAUCGCGUGAUAUGACCAACUCGAUGGACGCUCUCAACGCGGUACUCGGACUCCUUAAAGUCCUCGAGAAGAUGACUAACUCCGACAAGCUCCUUACUCAUCCUAGUGACACUACACCAUCAGACUACACCCUUCACGGCCUCCCCGAGAAAUUUCUCGAUCUCGCAUUGCUCUGGCAACCCCCGGCAGCCAAAGGUGUACAUCUCACGAAACGUGCACAUGACGAUCUCCCGAGCUGGUCUUGGGCGGGAUGGGAAGUGAGUAAAGACCCUGAAUUCGACCCGAAUGCGGCGACUGUGUUUCACGCCAAACCAGGUGUGCGGUUCGAAGAGCCGUUUUGGGUUGCCACAAAUGAAGAUUUGUCGCUUAAGAAGGUCGUUGUUCGUGAGGAGGAUGGCAAGAAGGAGGGCAAGGAGGAGGGUAAGGAGGAGGGUAAGGAGGAGGGUAAGGAGGAGGGUAUGGGGGAUGCUGAAGAGCGCUUCAAGCCGCUGGUUAUGUGGUAUAAAUGCCUCCGACCACCGGCCUCUCCAGUCAUGAAGAGGUAUUCCCAGACCCAGGCAACCGGUGCAAACGCUCCAGUAGCUCUUGUUCCUGUGAACGGGCAUGGGUUAGGCCUCGCGUUGGGUCCAACGGAUGGGGAGGAUCUGCGCAAAUUCCAAAACGACGCAAUUAGACUGCGGACGCAGACAAACUCCACCAUUGACCCCGGCCCUCCACCCGUCCCAGCCGACAUCCCAAUCGACAACCGUCAUCUUGUCUGCGAGACGCAAGUCGCAGGCUUCAGAAUUCGAAACCCUGCACCUCGACGCGAAACCCUUUGGAAGCGCACCAACAAAGGGCUCGCUAUCGACACCGAACUCAUAAUCCCAGAAGCCGAAAUUAUUGACGCUUUCGACAAUGUCGUUGGUAGAGUGGUUCCGACGGAUCCCCGGAAAGGAUUCUCUAGUAGUCCAUAUGAUUUUAUUCUUCUUUCGGAGAGUCAGUAUUGGGGGAAUGAAAAGAGGGUUGAUGUACCUGGGCUUCCGUUGUACAAUGUUAUGUUUGUGGAGUGGGAAUCAAGGAAGGAUUUUGCUACUAGGGUUGGAUUAGGAAAGAUACAGAAGAAGGCUUGGUGGGCUGCUAAGCCUGAGAUGAAGGUUGUUAUUCUUAAGUGAGGUUUUCGUUGGGCAUGUAGGCUUCUUGAAGCCUGAUCUCCUCUCAAUCUUUGGUUGCGGUUCGCAGAGCAUCAGUUAUGUCUAUUCCGGGGAUUGGUCUUCGUAUCCUUACCUCGAAAUUUUCGAAGUUCUUAGACAUCUUCCCAAUUAUCGCAUUAACUGUCGAUGAAGUUCCCUGGGGCGGAUUAGGUAAGGCAAACGACUUGCUCGAAUUAAG